AUGAGUUAUGCACUGAUGAAACAUCCGGACGGUCUCCUUUGCCAGGUUUUCAUCUCGCACGCCUGGGCCGAAGGGAUCUUCGAGCUUUCCGACCUGGUACGACGGGGUUGGCCUCGAUUGCAGUCGCUGCGGAAUCUGUACUGCUGCCUGCUUGCCAACCCUCAAAAUCUGGACAUAUCCGCCCUCCUGAGCGUGCCCCCAGAGGAGAGUCCUUUUGCGAAGGCAAUGCAGCGUGCGUCGCACGUCCUGGUAAUACCUAAUGAUACCGUCAGUAUAUAUACCCGCCUGUGGUGCGUCUAUGAAGCCUACCUCGGUACUUGCUGGCACAAGACCUGCAUUAUGCCUGCCAGACCACAACGAUCACAGCAGUGUUCUGUGGCUGUACGGACGCUUCUGGUACCAUCCACUCUGGGACUGCUCCUGGGCUGCUUUUGGCUCCUUGCAGUGUUCCAUGGCUGUUCCAGCUGCCCACGCUGCUUUGUGGAUCCCUUCCUCAGUGCAAGCGCGACACUGACGACUGCGUGCUUCGUGGCCUCCCUGGUCAUGGAAUGCUUCCACCGUCGCCUUCGAGUUUGGGUCAAGUGCAUCAUCAUCCGCAGCGUGCAUAUCCUUAUCAUCUGCAUUUGCGCAGCUGUGUCCGUGCCAUACUUAGCCUUGGUACCUGUGGGCCAGAGCCCAUGGAGCCGCAUCUUUCAGCAGCUGAUUCCCUGCGCGCUGUGCGUUUUCAAUGUGUGCCGCGCCGCGCAGCUCAACCAGCAUCAGCUGGAGGAUGUUUGGCAAAGACGAAGAGCACGUAUUACUGACAUGGAACUCUCAAAGCAAGCCAGUCUCCUCGCCAUUCAGACAUUGGAGGACGCUAAUUGCUCCGACCCCCACGACGAAGCUCGAAUUCGGCAGGCCAUACACGGCUACGAG